AUGGGUCGUUCAAAUAAUGUUGGUAACAUGGUCGAUUCUUCUCUUUCCUCUUCGAAUGUUAGAAUAGCUACCCCUUCAACUUUUCCUUCUGUGCAGGAUCAAAUUCAACCUUUUACACCAACCAUUGAUAAAUCUCCUAAUUCUAUGUCUAAUAUCAAUCCUAUAAAUUCUUUUAAUUUUAUUAAUCGACAAACUUCAACUACUCCGACUACUACAAAUAUCAUUCUUGAUUAUUUGUUAUAUUUGUCUAUUAAUGCAAGACUUGAACAUACAAAGAAUGAUUUACAAGAAAUACCCGAGGAACAGCUGCAAUUUGCUAAAUUGUAUCAUAAAAAAGGCCAAGACGUCAAACAGAUUGUUGAAGGUUUACUACAAUCGCAUCGUAUCCAUGCGUCUUCGCUAAGACUACCUUUAUCCCUCAAACAUCGUUUAUAUCUAUGCCAAUUGUUAUAUUUGGUUUUUGAUCGUUCAAUCUUAUCGUCAACUCCAUUAAAGUCCACGCGUGUUCAAAAUUCUUCAACAAUCCCUACUCGUUCUCAAUCUCCUACUUCUCAAUCUUUAUUAUCAUCUGCGACAAUUAAUCUCUCUCAAAAACAACGUGCUCAUAAAUUACCUGCAAAUCUUUUAAAAUAUGAAAAACAUUUUAAAAAUCCGUUAUUAUCUCGAUGUCGAAAACAUAGAUUAAGUAUUUGUAAUACUUGUCUACAACAUCCUAAUAAUUCUUCUACUAUACCUCCAUGGUCUCGUAGAAGAGCUACUCCUCCAAAACCUAUCCCUUCAUGUAAAACUGCUCCCGGAUUGAUCGAUGCAAUUCCGGUUUUUAUAACUACUAGUGUAAUCACUUAUCGAAUAGCUAAUGAACAACAAAUGGAUUUUGAUCAUAAUGAUUCCUCUUUGGUUAAACCUCUUUG